UCCGCUAAACGCUCUCACACACGCAGCAGCCGUGACUCAGGCAGCUCAGGGGCAGAGUUUUUCAUUUUGAUAAAUAAGAACGGUUUCAGCUGCUGUGGUUCCUCUCGUGGAAGCGGCUGGUAACACCGGGUCGUCCCCAUGGCGCUGAGAGCUGUUUCUUUAUUGUUACUGUGGGAAAUCGCAUUGCUGAUCCACUGUGUCACGUCUUUGGGUAACGUCACCUGCUCGACGGACUAUGAAGUGUCACUGAAUUGCUCCUGUUCAGGAAUAACCACAUAUCCCAUUCUACUGCAAGUCAGCUGCCAGUACAGUGGCGACGAAAACGAAGUUGUUAGCGACAGCUGUGAAAUCAAAUGGCCUCGGUCCUGGUGCGUGAUGAGCCCCGAGGGUCUCGAUGAUGUCGCAAGCGUCGGGACCAACUGCACCGCGACUGCCAGCCACCAGGGGGAUCAGGAACUAACGAAGGAGACUCAGUCAUCUAGCUGGGAUCUGAGUAAAGUGGUGAAACCUCAGCCUCCUUCCGGCGUUCGAGUGACGAACACUGACGGAUACUACAACAUCUCCUGGGCCCACCACAACCAAAACCAGAACGACUGUCUCCGGUACUGGCUGCGCAUAAGAGAGAGCAAACACCCGUCAAAGGCUCCGGUUCAUUCCAUUGGACCCUUGGACCGACAGUACUUCCCGUUGUCCCACAGCGAACUACAGCCGGGGGUCAACUACACGGUGGAUGUUCAGGCCCAAAUGUGCCCUAACUACUUCAAACAGGGUCCGUGGAGCGAGUGGAGCGCUGCCGUGGACUGGAGGACAGAAGAAGAUCCUGUGGAGGACGAAGGGAUGAAUGGAUAUUCGUGGCUAUUUCUCCUCCCCAUCAUUCCUGUCUUCUGCAUCUUUUUGUGGUAUUUCAAGAAACUGUUUUUGACGAAAAGACUCAAGGUGGUGACGUUCAUCCCGAGAGCAAACCUGUUUUUCGAGCCUCUGUACCACGACCACGGAGGAAACUUCAAGGAGUGGGUGAAGCCGUUAUUCAGCGAGUACGAUUACCUGCGGAUGGACUCUCGUGUGCAGCUGAUGAACGAGAAGCACUACGACGUCCCUCAACGGAGCGAGGAGAAGAAGAGCUUCAGAGAGGUCAACCAGGCCAGUAAUGGCGGCCACUUCCUCCACGUGCUGCAGCCUCAGAGCAACCUGCUGCUUCCCUUCCACGGCGACGGCAGCUCGCAGGGCACCGGCCACUCGGCUGGACACGUCUCCAUCCACACGGUCACCCUGUCCGGAGAGGAGUACGAGGAGGAAGCCAUGUCGCAGAGCUCCGUGAACUCCCUCGCCAGCUUCCAAGACGCAGAAAGCUUCGGUUCCUUCGAAGAGGUCGACAGCGAGCAUGCUGGGUACGAUUCAGAAGGACCUCAGCUGGACAGACAAGGCGCGAUGUCACCAGAGCAUGAAAACAAAAUGUCCAUCGUGUUAUCAGAAGUGGGGAAAAUACACUUUCAGCCACGUGCUGAGUUCAACGAGCCGGAGAGGAUUUCCCUGGACUCCUUCACCUCCAACGAGCAGUCGGAGGACGGCUACCCUCGGGUGGACCUGGACACCAUCGACAGCGGCUUCGCAGAGUGCAGCAGCCCCGGGGCCUCGGACACGGCCGAGCACCUGGACUCCGACUUGUUUCAGGAGCAAAAAAACUCAAAUUCAAACUACGUGAGGCAGUGGAUGAUAUGUAACAUUAUUCAGGAGGACGCCAGCAACUCAGACUGUGAACUGCGAGAAACACAGUGAUGAUAAUCUUUCCUGCUACGUUUAUGCAGGACUGUGACUUUUCCCUUUUUACAGACACAGUUUGGAGUUCUGUGGGUCGUGCAUUUAAAACAUGGACGUUGAAUUAAUAGAAGAUUCUAGUUAGUUCAUCUUGAAAUGUUGAACCCUGCACUUUGUAUGAUGUGCAUAGAGUCAGCUUCUCUCGUUUUGUAAUCGUUGUUUGUGUUUAAAUAUGGUUUGAAACUGGUCUUUCCCUUCAUGUCUCUUGCGGUGAGUUUCUCAAAUGCUCAUUCAAUGCAUCUGUCCAUCAAUAGGUCAUAACAAAGCAAUGAGCAUCUGUAAUUAUUUGCAUGGGACCCUCCGGACUUCUUAGACAUUGCAACACAGGAUCAAAACUCUGCACUCAUGCUUUGUGCAUAAUAUCUUUGUCAUUCUGUUUCCGUCUCUUCAUGUUCUCAGGCUUCUUCUUGCUGCCUUAUCAAGAUGUGUGAUAGCGUUCUUGUAAAUGACCAUUAUCUGUCAUCACUGCAACCACCCGUCCUGUUUUGAGCAAUGUCCCUCAUCUCUCAAAACAAUGAUUAUUUCCCAGGUGUAUUUUUAAUAUAAUUUCUCCUUUUUCACCAAAUGUUCUGUUCGUGUGGUACAUGAACUGUGAAGUUGCAAGUGCAGGAACUGGCAAAAGAUUUAAAAAGACUAAACUUAUGAAACUAUGAUGUUUUUGCCUUUACUUCGAGUAAUUCAUGGUUGUUGAUGAGGCAUCUGUAGGGAACCGAUAUGAGUGUGUAAUUUAAUUCAGCUUUAUUGAAUUUGAGGGAAUUGUUUGGCUUUUGCACUUGUAUCAGAUCUAAUCAGCGCCAUUCUAAUUUGUUGGUUUGUUGCUUUCGUUAUUAGCAGGACAAUGCUUGAAUGAAUUUCCACUAAAUUUGGUGGAGGGGUGAGACCUGGGCUUUUAAUGAAUCCAUUACAGUUUGGUGCAGAUGUGGAUUAAGAGAGAUUAGAGAUCUGCACUCUAUUAUUCUAAUUCUGUUUUAUCUGUCUUAAAUUCCAUGUAAAUAUUAAGUUGGAUUUGAGUGUUGUGGUGUUUGCUUCUCCUUCGUGCUCUGUGUGCUCAGUCUGUGCCUGCAGAUGUCAAAAUAAAAGAAAGAAUCAUGA